AUGCCACGACCGCAGACGCUCUGGACACAAGCGAGGAUUCUGCAAAAAUUUCCCGGAGAAAAGAAGCGGAAAUCUGCCAACAGCGUCAUCAUCGCUUCGACUCAUGCUGGUGUCGUUGUAACCCACAUCUACCAUAGAGUACAGAUUGAUGGGAAGACAGUACGCUUGCGUCUUGAUACUGGAGCAGACGUAACAUUGCUUAGCACUGCAGACUGGACCGCCAUAGGUCGAACAAAGCUGCAAUCACCCCGUCUAACACUGAAGUCUGCCAACAACGAACCGAUCAACGUUCGGCGAUGCUGCGAAUGCAACUUCAUCAUUGAUGGUCAUCGAGGAUAUGGUACUUGCCAUGUAGCUGACAUGCCAUCGCUUAAGGGCUUAGACUGGAUCGCCCAAAACGAGCCACUAUUUCGUAACCUGACGGAAGGCUCCAUCUGCAACAUCUCUUCAAGGACGCUCAGCAUCUUGAAUUCUUCUCUCGCAGCGCACCUGAGGAAGAAGUUUCCAGCAGUCUUCGCUCCUACACUAGGAUGUUGUACCAAGUGA